AUGUAUAUAUGCGUCCAAACCCUAGUCCUAGGAUCUGUCCCAUCAUUCUUUUCCCAUCCCGCCGCCGCCACACUCCCGCAUCCACCUCAGGAUCCUCUCACAUCGGAUCGAUCCAAUCGACCAGCGCCACAUCACCUCCUCCUCCAUCCACAGCUGCCCUCCUCUGCUCGUUCUUCCCCAAGCAUCUCCUUCUUGUCGGUGCUUCCCCGCGUAGCAAGCAGGAGCCGCAACCCCUGCUUCCUCUCGUGCUUCCCGCGCCCCGCCGCGAGCAGCACCAGCGCCUGCAUCCCCGUCGGCCUUUGGCCCUGCAGCAACGUCGUCGGAGCACCGAAUCAGGAGGCUUCUGCACCAUGCCGUCAAAUGAAGCUUUGUAGCCGCCAUGCCCAACGCCUCCCAGGGAGCUCCUUGCAGCCUUCCGUCCGCUCCGUCUCUUGCCGGACCUCGCCGGACCACUUCAUCCAUGGCGCCGUCCUCGCCUCGUCUCGAUCCGGUGGAUUCGAACGCCAAGUCCUUGCCGUCCAGGAGCUCCAACCUCGCCCUACCGCAUCCGAGUGGGUUCCCGACCGGCCGGAACUCGUCUGCUUCGCAAGUCUUUGAACCACGCCGCCUUGUUGUACCUCACCGAACUAGAAGGAGUGAACUCCAUGGACACCCAUCCCCUUGCAGCACCAGCCGCCACUGGGAGCAUCACAUCGCGCCGCCCUGGUUCUGCAUCCUCUCCGGACCUCCCCUACUUUGCCUUGGUCCGCUGCCGCUGCCCAUCACGUCGCCCUUCGCCAAGUUCUAGAAGCCGUCGGCGACCUCUAUUCGCUCUGCACGCAUCAAGCAGAGGAGCUCGAUUGACCCCGCUCCUAAUCAUCUUUGUUGACCUGGUCCAGUUGAUCGCCAGAUCUACACCGCGCGUGGGCCAGCCGGCCCAGCCGCUCCCCUGUGCCGCGCAAGGCCCAGCGCCGCUGGCCUCCUCUGCCAAGCCGGGCCGAGGCCCACUAGGGGAAGACACCCCCAGCGCCUCCUUUUUUCCUUCUAUUGGGCUGACCAAUUUUGGCCUAUUUCAUGUUUUUUUCUCUAGAACGAUUUUCCUUUUAAUCCAGAGAACACAUGUUUUACAGUUUGGCCCCUAAA